AGUGUAUUUCAUCUUUGUGGUUGAACAGCACCUGAACGACAACAAAACAAAACGAAACGCGGAAAAUGUUCGCCGUACUGACAGACGGAUGAACGAGUUUUGAAAACAAAAUAUACCCACGAUGAUUCCAUCUGAUUCGAUGUUGUUAAAAAAAUGACACGAUUAUACGUACACGUUCGCGUUUAAAACAACAACACAUUUGUUAUGUUUACAGUUCCACUUGGAAAUGUCCAUCCAUCCAUAUAUAUAUAUACGCGGAUCAAGCAUAAUAUCUUAUAAAUUGUGUCAAGUUUUCAGAAUAGCGUUAAACAAAAAUCGGCGCUCCACUACUGUACGUGUAUGCUUGUAUGAGUGUUUUUUUUACAAAUUUUUACUGAUUUGCAAAAGUAAACGCUUGUAUUCACUGAAGACAUUACAACUCCGUUCUUGAUCAUAAUGUCAAAUACCAUUUGGCUAGGAGCUUUGCUCCUGUUCGGAGCUUGUUCGGCUUACCCUCAGAAUCCCAAUGUUCCAACCUUGUCGCCUCCACCAUCGCCUUCCAAUAUCGUAUCGGUGAACGUCAACACUAAGAGAUACGCGCAUGCUGUCAAUGACCAUUUUUUGAGUAUCACGCUGGAUCCGUCAACGAUAUUCUCCGCAUUACAGGACAAUCUUGGGUCUGCCGCUAUUAACAUGGCCAAAGCGUUAAGUCCAGCAUACUUGCGAAUAUCAGGCCCUGAAUGCAACAGCUUUAUAUUCCAAGGGGCCCAAGAUACAUCCCAAUCGUCGCCGGCCAUCCCCGUUAAACGCGGCAAGAACAUCACGAUCACGGGAUGGCAUUGGUCGCAGAUGAACGAUUUCAUAGCCCAAACUGACCUGGACUUGGUGGUCGCACUUAAUGUGAUGAACAGGCAACACGGUAGUUGGAACCUCAGCAACACCUUAGAUCUUAUAUCUUUUUCGGACAAGCAUGGUUAUGAUAUGGCAUUCCAACUUGGGCACGAUAUGCAAGCAGGCAACUCACGCGUUGACGGCGCAUCUCUAGGAAAAGAUGCCACAAGACUGCGAAAAGUAUUGGAGGCGUUCCCCAGAUACAUAAGUACACCGAUAGUAGGCCCCGACGCUAAGUCUUGUGACUCCCAAGACGAUGCUCGAUAUCUGAAAAGUUUUAUCGCCGAGGCUGGUCCAUCCCUUACAGCAUUGACAUACCAAGUGCCAUUUGCGAGUGAAAGAAGCGUUGAAAACCCAACAGAAAUGUUAAAUUAUAUUGAAAACCAAAUGGAAACGAAAGUAUGGCAAAGGGAUUUAAUGAAUAAAUACUUGGGAAAAUUAACAAGCAGAAAACCAAUAUGGAUUGUUGAAUCCGGAAACAAAGACCGAAAAGGAGACUUUUCUGAUGGAUUGAUUUGGGCUCAACGACUUGUUGCUGGUGCUCGAAUUGGAAUAAAUGUCAUGAUGAGGAAACCUUCAAUGACUUCUCUAAAAGAACCAACACCGGAUUAUUGGGUUUCUAUUUUGCACAAAGCUUUGAUUGGAUCUGAAGUUUUUGAUGUCAAAAUACAAUCAGUAAACAAAACCCGUAUAGAAUCCGUCGCUCAUUGUACUCGAGAGACUUCAUUUAACCCUAAUGAAGGCAUAUUAGCUCCAGAGUUUCGUUAUAAUAGAGGUGCAAUAACAGUGUUUGGUGUAAACAUGGAAUCAGAGAGCGUAAAAAUAUCUUUAAAAACUGGCAGCCGUCAAAGUGUACCAUUACAUCAAUACUUUUUGACUGCAAACAACAGAAAAAAUAAAGACAAAAGAGCUGUUAAAUCAUUGACUACUUUGCUAAAUGGUCAAAAGUUGAGCUUGUCAGUUGAUGGAGAACUUCCAGUUUUGUCACCAAAAAUACGAGAGUCAAACCGCAUUAUCACUAUUCCUAGUCAAUCUGUAUUUUUCUUCGUGUUACCUGAUUCUAAGUCAAAGGCUUGCAUGGCUGUCCAGAUCGAAGAACGUGACAUGUCCAAGAAUGGACCUAAGAACUCACUUUCGGAUCUCGAAGAUUUUGACAAUGUUGACUAUGAUGCACUCUUAAUGGACCAAGAUGAUGAAUCAAUAUCAGGCGAGAAAAAUAAUUAUGUGUCAUUCAGGACAAAAUACACAAGAAGCAGUGGUAAUUAUCAUACACGAAAAAGUGAUAAUCAAGAAGAAUCAAAAACCUAUAGCAACGAAAUGAAAGAAAAACUUAACGAAGAUGAGAACAACGGGGAGCGUUUUUCUGAACCCGUUGUAAAAUAUGUUACUUUUUCUAACAACAAUUGGCUUUCCAAAUUCCCAAAAUCGUUAAAAAAUCCAGAAUAUAGUAUGGAGCCACCGACGACAGCUGCACCAGAAAUAACCACAAUGACAAUGCCAAUCGAUCACAGUAGCGUAUCACCAACACAUAGCAGAAGAGAGAAAUAUCAUAUUCUCGCUCAAGCAGUUGUUGGCAAAAGACAUCCUGAGAGAAAAGUCCGUUUCGAUCCACAUGCCAACUUGGAUACUCCUACGGAACCAUUAAGAUCCACUCAAAAAUUAAAAAUAGUUAAAAGAUCCAUCAGCGACGAUUCUAGUUCAACAGAAGUUGAUGAAUUAAUUAAAGCUAUUACUACAAUCAAGCCAGAUGAAACUUUAAAAGAACUUUCAAAAUCUGACGACCUACCUGUAAUUGAUAUGACAAUUGCACCUACUUCUGACCAGGACGUGGAUAAUAAUACCGACCGACCUAAAAGAGAGGAAAUAAAAAAUCAUCCGGCAAUUCCUGAAUCACAAUCGCCCGCUAAAGCUUCAGAGAUGACGCAACAAACUGCAACCAGCCCAACUCCAGCAACAACGCCGGCUAGUGUAACAGAAGCAAAACCAGUACCAAAAAGGGAAUCUUACAUUCAGAAAAUUAAAAGCAGAAAAGAACAAGCUUUAGCAAAAGCCAACGAACGAGUUUCUUCUCAUAGACUGCUUAGACGAAAACAGCAAUAUAAAUCCAAAGAAGAAUUAGUAAGCUCAACUACAACUGAAAAAGUUAUACCAAAAGAAAACUCAGAAACCAUCGUUGCAAAUUCCGCCAAAACUCUUAUUCCCGUUGUAGAUAUAAACGAUACUUCGCUUCAGAUGAAGAAUGAAGAAGCUAAUCUGGAAUAUAAUAAAAGGUCAAUUGAAUCUUCUACGAUUGCUAACACUGAGAAGGAAAUAGAAAAUGUCAAAAAUACCGAAAACGAAAAAAUCGAAAUCGUUAGUGCUAGUAAAAAUGUAGAAAAUGUGAAAAACUCCGAAAGUGAAAAGACAAACACUGAUCAAUUGACAUACACUUCAACGGAUACACCUAAGGACAUUAAGAGUAAGCUCAGCAAGUCUUUGCCUUCUAUACCAAAGCCAUUGAGACUGCCAAAACCAAAAACCCUUCGAAAUACCCAUGACCUAGAAGAAAUCGACAGUGGAAAUUCGAAAGUCAGAGAAAGCCGUGAGACAACGGAACGUCAUAUGCAAAAAUUAAAGACUAAACCAGCUCAAGUCCUGAGCAAAGUAAGAACACCAAAGAAUGUUGACCAAAUUCAAACUGAAACCAAUGAAAAAGUCGCCGAGGUAAUAUUAGACAAUCUCAAAGACGUUAAGUCAAAAUUGCAAUCCGAACAUAUAGUCAGUCCUAUUGGGAAAAAGGAGGAAAGAGUGGCUAAACAAGAAAAAAAAUUCGAUCUGAAAGAAGGUUCAACUGCAGCUAAACUUAAAGCACUAGAAGAAAAACACAAAAUGUUCCGAGUUGAAUUGGAAAAUAAGCUCCGCUCAGCAAAACCAAAAGUGCAUAAACGUUCAUUGGAAAAUGAUAUAGUUGAAGAUGAUAUGAUGGAUAUGAAUGACAUUUUAGUAUCGGAGAGAGAUGGAUUUGGAUCUAAUGAUAUUGACAUUGACGUUGCCUCUGUUUUGAAACGUGAAGCCGUUCGGUAUCCAAGAUCAUUAGCUGACUUAACAUUGAAACUGAAUGAAGUCAACACUUAUGUUGAUAAAAAUAAGCAAGAAGUUGAUCCAAAAACCAACGAAAUAAUAGAAGAUGACAUGUACCUAGGAAACUGGAAAAUGUCAAAUAAUAUCAGACCAGUGGACGAUGAAGACAAUCUAGCGAAAGAGGAUCUCAACGCAUUAUUAGAAAAAAAAUCUGUUUUAGACAAUAUUGAAGAUGACGAGAAUAUAAAUGCUAACAGUAGCAAAAGAGCAAAAACUAACGUGAAAAAACGAAAGUCCCUCUUGGAGGAUAUCGACUUCGACGAAGAUACGCCUAAAAAGAUGACCAACUCUGUCGUUCAGACAUUUUUAAAUCAUAUGCAAAACUUCUGGAAGUAUAUUAAAAGAACAUUCCACUUUUAAAAUUAAUUUAAGUCCGUUGUCAUUCAGUAUGAUAUAACAUGUUGUAUUAAUUAAGAACCCACUUUAUGUAAUGUGUACAGCGAUAAAAAGCUUUAAUUUAUUAUUUAUUUACUUACCUAUAUGAUAACAUAUUUUUUAUUAUUUGA